AUGAUCAGCCGGUGCUUGUUACGCCGUCAGGUGUUGGCAGCCAUCACUCUAAUGGUGCUACUCACUUGGUUGCUCUAUCGCCCUGAUACCUCAGUCCAGGAAAUCUCCCUGCUCGAGCAUCGCUACCCGCUACUCUUCCAGCGCGUCCACACCAAUAGUGCCACUGGUGGAGCCUGGUAUAUCCCCCCAGGAUGGACGAAUGAAACCGACCCGAUCCCCAAGACCAUUAUCGACGCUGCCGAACACGCCUCCCGCGCCGCCAGUACCAUCGCCCAUCGCCAGAUUCCAUACUCGUCGAUUCCCUUGAUCGUACACCAGACCUGGAAGAGCACACGCGUUGAUACCUGGCCGCAUGAAAUACGACAGAGCACGGAGAAAUGGCUGCGCGUGGUGAACGGGCAAAUGGCAUACUUUCUCUGGGACGAUGAGGGGGUCGCGGAGUUCAUCCGGCGUUUCGAGCCGGCAUUGGAAGAGCAAUUCUACGCUUUGCCCAGUCACGUCGAGCAAUCGGACGUUUUUCGCGUGUUGGUGUCCAAGUGGAUUGGGGGAGUUUAUGCAGAUAUCGACACCGAGCCUCUUCAAUCGCCAGCCGCGUGGAUCACCCGAGCCGACAUCACACCCUGGGAGGAUCUCGAAACCGGUCGCGUUUAUAACUCUACACACCCGGUGCAAGGCAUUGUUGGUCUAGAGGCAGACUGUCCGCCCGACGGCGACUCCUACUGGCGCAUGGGAUAUCUGUUGCCCACCCAGCUGACACAAUGGGCCUUUGCCUGGGCGCCGGGGCACCCAGUGUUGCAGACCUUUAUUGACCAUCUCUUUGGGGAGUUACAGAGUGUCUCAUCCCAUCAUGCAGGCGAACCCCGAUCACAAUCCACCCAGGCAGAGCUGGAAGCAAUGGAUCCGAUUGCUCUCACCGGGCCGGUGGCUUUCACUCACGCGGUGCAGAGCUGGUUGGGCGGGAGAACAGGGCUCCGGUGGAAUGCUUUGUCUGGAUUACAGGACGGAGGAAGAAGCAAGUUGGUGGACGAUGUCUUGGUCCUCCCAAUUACUGGAUUCAGCCCCGGCCGAGGAAAGUAUGGGAACAUGGGUUCCAAGCCCAUCACGGACCCGGCGGCUCGCCUCCUUCACCGCGCGCAAGGCUCCUGGCGAGCGUUCAACCUGCGGGUGGAGUAUGGCAAGUUCUGUCGAACGGUGUUUGGCCGGUGUCGAUACUGGUCUAAGGUGCCUAAAGGGUUAUUCCUUUGA